AACCCAACAAAACUAACCUAAUGUAAAUUUAAUUUUAAAAUAUACAUGCUUUACACUAGGUAAAUUCGAAUUACUGAGUUGAAAUUAAAUCGGUGUAGGUUUGUUUCAGAUGCCCGUCAACUGAUUACAUGUACUAGAAAUCUGACUCUACCACGGUCAAUGUCCUUGGCUUUAAAUCACGUGGCAGUAUCGUGAAACAGAAAGUAAAAAUGUCUGGAGUACGUCGCUAUCCUAUUAACAAAAACAACCUGCUUUACUAAAUUAGGUUUUUAUUGGUAUACACGUUUUAAUGUGAUAUCAACAUGUAUAAACAUUAUACACAUCAUAGAAUUAUUGGACAUUGCACCUACCAUAUUAUGUUUUCUGUUAUGUGAUGAAAAUGACGACAGUGUAAAAUAUAUUUUGCGAUGUUACCUGCAUUGUACAAAAUUAAACACAACAAAACUGACGAGAUCUUAAUAGUAAGUGAAGGUUUGUGGCGGCGUGGAUUCGAUCCAAUAAACAAUUAAAAUGGCAGAGUUAAAAAACUCAAUUAAGGGGCGCGUUAUUUCACGCCCGUCAGAUUGAGUUGACGGGCGUGAUAGUGCUCACGCCCGUCAAAAAUGAAAGUCUGAUAUGUAAGCAAUACAAUAAUACAUUCGUGUCCGUUAGAUACCAUUUAUCUCACAACUCGUUGUUUAACAACGUAUCAAACUCUCUUUCGCUCGUUAGAUACAUUUUGAAACAACUCAAUGUGAGAAAAAUGGCAUCUAACGGCCACUGGUGCAUUAUUCUCUAUUUAAUAUUUAAGGGCAUCAGCGAUGGCUUGGGACCGGACAGUAUUUCAGCUAGCGGUUCACCAAAGAAAGGUGGAAUGGGCUCUUCAAUUGGUGGAGUUAUCUCGCAGUUGUUUGACGACAUCACAACAAAGCCUGGAAAUGGGUUUGUUGUUAAUAUUCGUCUUGAUGUUGAAAGAAAGAAUUGCUAUGGGCAACAUGAAUCAAAUGUGGCUGCAAGUGGUCCAGUUAAUAACAGCAGAUGUGACACAUUCAGUGAUGGUGCUAUGACGACAUCAAAAAUUGAUUCCAGUGAUGUCACUUCACUUUCCAACCUUGAACUGUGCACACUAUUAGAAGAGAGACUGAUCACACUUACCGACCUGAGGCACGAUGUACGCAGCAAUCUGCUUGACAACAUCAGACACGUAAAACACGUGCUGCGGAAUGGACUCUAGUUCUAAGGGUUUAAGCUGUCUCGUGCCAAAUGUGAUUAAAGGUGAAUCUGGCAAAGAUAUGUCAUUACAAAAAUUCACCAAAAAGCUAAUUAAAAAACCGUGUCGAUUGUAGGUGUAAUAGCUAUUUUAAAAAAUACUUCU